AUGGCCCAUGCGUGGACAAUACACGCCAUCACCAAUGUGUUCACGGGGUAUUGGUGUAUGUUGCACGUGGUCGCCUGCCACCCGCCCUCCGACUCCUCCGCCAGCGACCACCCGCCCGAUGCCUCCCUUCCUCCGCCUUCGUCGCCAACUGAGCUCUCCUCACCCCAGGUCACGUCUCAGAGACCUCUAUGUCCGCCGGUCGCACCGCUCGCCUUGUCGCCCAAACACUCAGGGCCCUCCGAGGCAAAGGCGCAAAGGCAGACAGAGUGCCGGUCGCAGUUAAUAGUACACCCGCAGCCGGCGGGGCCGUACGCGCCGCUCGGCGUGGUGACACCGCCCCAGCCUGGCCCGUACGGGCCGCCCGGCGUGUUGACACCGGCCCUGCCUGGCUCGUACGCGCCGCCCCGAUAA